UGAUAGACAUUUUAUCGUGGUUCAUGUUUAAGAAACAUAACCUUAAAAAUGAAGAAUUUCAUGGUUUUAUAAACAUUUUAAUUAAAUGGAUUCAUUUGCUAUAAAACCAAGAAAGGUCCCUUCCCAAAAUGUAGUGAUGCGAUUAAUUAACCGAGAGACUGGUGCUUUCAAGCGACCUGGCACUCAUUUUCAUACAGCAAGACAGUUUUACCAGAACGUAUUCCCUAACUUUACUGUGAUAAACAUAGAAAAGCCACCGUGCUUUUUACGAAAAUUUAGUCCCGAUGGAAAGCUUCUUAUUGCUUUUUCGUCGGAUCAGACAUCACUAGAAGUUUACACUUAUUUAGGCCCAGCAGCUGCAGGUGACCUACUUCAGAAUGCAAAAGAAAGAAGUGAUAAAGCAAAAUAUGAAAUCAAAAGUAAAAUAUUCGAACGAUUUUUUAAGCUGAAAUUUGUUAUUAAUGUGGCUCAAAGUCUAGAGCAACUGAAUCGAGAAUGUAGUUUAUUUAGUGAUGACGGUCGUUAUGUUAUUGUGGGAUCUGCAGCUUACAUUCCGGAUGAUUUGAGACCACAUUUUUAUGAGAUCUAUACGAAUAACGAAUCUGUUACGCCUAAUUUAAGGUCACCGUUAGAAGACUACACCUUACAUUUAAUCGACCUACAUGUAGGAAAGCUCUGUGAUACUAGACAAUUUAAAGUAGACAAAAUAUUUUUAUCCCAUAAUCAGGGACUUUACUUAUACAAGGAUACAUUAGCCGUUCUCAGUGUUCAGCAUCAGGUGAUUCAUGUAUUUCAAAUAUUAGAUGGGAUGUUUGUAGAUGUAAGGAAAAUUGGAAGAUUUUGUUUUGAGGAUGAUUCAUAUUACUUUAAUUCCACGUUUCCAACAGAACGUGCAUUUAGAGAAGUUUUUAUAAAUUCAUUAAAGCAUCGUCUUUUGACAUUUUUGUACAAACGUGCAAUCAAAAUUCGACAAGAGACAGGAGAUCCAUAUGAGAUAAGAAAGUUUUAUCAAUACUUUGACAAUUUCAAGGCCCUAAGGUUAUGGAAAAUGCAGCUUCUAGAUGAAAAUCAUCUUUUACUUAAAUAUGCCAGUGAAGAUGUUGUCACGUUAAAGACGCCAGAUGCCAACAGUCAGGCGUCUUUUUUCGUAGUUUACAACAUGAUAGAAAGUAAAGUUUUGGCUAUAUAUGAAAACACAUCAAGGGAAUUAUUAGAAUUAUUUGAAAAUUUUUGUGACUGCUUCAGGAAUGCUAGUAUUUACACUGGUACACAAUUUACUUGCAGUCCUUCUAACAAUCUGUAUGCCAGACUUCAACAACACAGGUUUAAACAGACUAUAGUUAGUGCUAAAUUCGGUGGGAAAACCGAGGCAACAAAAAGACUACUUGCUCAACUACCAAUAAGUGCUCAAUCAUACAGCAGUUCUCCGUAUUUAGACCUGUCUUUAUUUAGUUAUGAUGACAAAUGGGUAUCAGUAAUGGAGAGGCCAAAAGCUUGUGGGGAACACCCAAUUAGAUUUUAUGCUAGAGAUUCGGGCUUUUUAAAGUUUCGUAUUUAUGCGGGAAGUACAGGAAGACCAAGUACAACACCUGCUAGAAGAUUGGUAGCUUUUACUUUUCAUCCAACUGAUCCGUUUGCCAUUUCAGUACAAAGAACUAAUUCCGAGUACAUUGUUAAUUUUCAUAUACAUUGUAACCCGACUGUUUGCGACCUCUCUGAAGACGUUUUAAGUUUUUUAUAGCAAGCAUAGUGUUACAGAUUUAUGUACGAUAUAUUUUUUUUUCAUUAAAA